AUGGGUCCUGGUUUUGCUAUUGUUCUGGUUUUUGUCGGAUGCUGUAGCAAUGUUGUGUCUCUGGAGCUGCUUGUAAGACAGUUUCCAGGAUGUGGCAACAUAGUCACCUUCGCUCAGUUUGUCUUCAUCGCAUUAGAAGGUUUCAUCUUUGAAACAAACUUUGGGAGGAAGAAACCAGCAAUCCCUUUAAGAAACUAUGUGAUCAUGGUGACCAUGUUCUUCACAGUCAGUGUGAUCAACAACUACGCUCUCAACUUCAACAUCGCAAUGCCGUUACACAUGAUCUUCAGAUCGGGAUCACUAAUUGCUAACAUGAUCCUGGGAAUAAUCAUCCUGAAGAAAAGGUAUUCAGCGAGUAAAUAUCUGUCUGUAGCUUUAAUUUCAGCUGGUAUCUUCAUCUGCACCAUCAUGUCUGCCAGACAAAUGAAUGUAGGCAAUGAGGGAUCAGAAGAGCAAGGCUUUUAUGCCUUAAUGCACUGGCUUAUAGGUAUUGGCAUGUUGACCUUUGCUCUUCUGAUGUCUGCGAGGAUGGGCAUUUUCCAGGAGACACUGUACAAGCAGUAUGGAAAACACUCCAAGGAAGCCCUCUUCUAUAAUCACUGCCUGCCUCUGCCAGGCUUCCUGCUUCUCUCCACAGACAUCUACAACCACUGUGUCUACUUCAGUCACAGCACUCCUACAGUUGUUCCGGUGGUUGGACUGACUAUGCCGAUAAUGUGGCUCUACCUGCUGAUCAACGUCAUCACCCAGUAUGUGUGCAUCCGUGGCGUUUUCAUUCUGACCACAGAGUGCACCUCGCUGACCGUCACUCUGGUGGUGACUCUGAGGAAGUUCCUCAGCCUCAUCUUCUCCAUCAUGUACUUCCAAAACCCCUUCACUACGUGGCACUGGGUGGGCACGGCCGUGGUCUUCCUGGGCACUCUGCUGUACACAGAGGUGUGGAGCAGCAUGCGGGCAGCUCUGCGUGGACCUGACGUCAAGGAAAAAAAGGCAGAGUGAAGAGGAUGAAGAUGAAGAAGAAGGGUGGUCGAUUAGAAAAACAGCCACUGUGUUGGACUUGGAGAUUGUGGUCGACUAUCCUGCAGUGAUUUUAUACAUUUACAUAUGUCAUUUAGUUUAAGCCAUACUAGAUCCCUCACACACACACACACACACACACACACACACACACACACAACACGAUAAGGCUGGUGAUAUUCUAUAUUUUCAUUGUGUUAGUUUGUAUCGAUAACAGCAGACAGACCCAGUUAGCGACUAACUUGUGAACAUUGAGCAGCCAGAGCCCGAAAACUGUUAAAAGAGAGUGAAUAAUGGACUUAAAUUCAAUAGGUGUCCAUAGGGUUAAGGUUAGUGAAUUAAAUGAAAAUAAUCUAUAAUUGAAGCCUUAAUAUAGAUAUGUUAAUGUUGUGUUCAUAGCUUGCUUCUGCUGCCACCGAGUGGUCAGUUAUUGCAGCAUUAAAAAACUGGUUAAAAAGGUCAAAUCAUUUCUUGAAACAGCUGGGAACUGUAGCUUUUAGCAAACAUUACUCACACAGGAGUAUAUAGAGCAUUUGUUGGGGACUAUUUUCAGCUGCGGAUUGAUACUCAAAGUGUAUUGGUACACUAAUGAGUUUCUACAGCAGCAGGACACAUUUAGGAUUGACUCUCACUCAGACUUUAAUGCAGUUCUACAGCUUUACGCUUUACCAGGCUUUAGCUACUUUUUAAAGGGAUCAAUUCUUUUUUGUUUUUGGUCUUUUAAUGGGAUUUUUGAUAAUAAAAAUGUAGAAUAUCACCUGCCGUAGUCUUUAACAUUAAAACCUCAUUAGCAUUCACAAAUGCAAAAUCAUGAUGCAACUUUCUUAUGUCUGUAAUGUUAUUUGAAUAUUUAUUUUCUAAACAUGACACAUCAGUAGGAUUACAGUGAACACAAUAAUGUGAUGCUGAAUGGACAAAAUAUAUUAAUGUUCAAGGAGCAGCUGAAAUCAAACGGUUUGAAUAUACAGAGGGAUAAUUUAUGGAGAUUGUUUAGUUGCUGUAUUUUUUUCCUUGUGUCAAUCUGUCUCAGGUGUAUCAGACCAGUAUUUGUUAACAGGAAACAUCACGUUGUACAGUACAAUCAAUCUUUACACUCCCUGCAUACUGAAAUUAAAAUGACAACGUGGCUACAAAUAGAUGAUAGAGUCUCUGUAGUUGUAAGGUUGAAUAAUUUAGUAUAACAAGAAGUGCAUGUUUUAAAAGAAGCGGUGGAACAUAACCAAGUACUUCAGUACUGUAAUUAAGUAUAAUUCUGAGGUAUUUUAUGCUCCUUUACGGUAAAUAUUGUAUUUUUUACUUCACUACAAAAUGUCUGACAGCUGUAGUAACAUUGCAGAUUAUUAAUACUAAAUAAAAUCAACAAAUGAUG